AUGGUUCUUUUUAAUUUCAAGUCAGACAAGCAUUUUGUUACCUCUUUCGACAAAACCACCCUCAGAGUUUGUGAGUUGAGCGAUCCGACUAUUCACCCUUGUCUUAUUCGAAAGACUCAUUGGAGAGAAGCUGGCAGUAUCAUUGUUGACAGUGAUGAUGAUAGAGACGUGGAUGACUUGGCGGAAGAGCAGUACUACGACGGGCUGUUGUUUUUCGAUGGUCAUGGGAAGAUCGACGGACGGGAAGCCCUGACCAAGCUAGCCCAACACCUCACUCGAUUGGGUUUGAUGGUGAGCCCUGGAGGGUAUUGCUUUCAAGACGUGACCGAGCUCCGCGAGCAUAAAGAGUUUGGAAUUCACUAUCUCCGAUUGAAUGAUCUCUUCAACUGGUCGCAUCACGGUGUCGACAUGUCGAGGAUCACCAUGUGGCGGCGCUUGGAGUUGAAAUACGGUGUGCCAAAGCAUAAGAAAAUACCCAAGUCGCCGUCGAUGGUAGGCGGGGCGAUCAUCAGUAAGGAGAAGUACGAGGAGUUGAAAAGGAUGUUGAACGAGAAGAAGGAGGAGCUGAAGAAGGUAACCACGGAAAUGGAUGACGAGAUACAGAAACUGAGGUAG